AUGGAGAAUAAACACACUAAAGAAAUUUCCCAGGAUGAAAAUAUAAGAAAUAGGCCCGUACGUGCAAGUUUUUUAUCGGUUUUAUGUUCCGAAGGAAGCUGGAAAUGCCUCCUGCUGACGGCGCUGAUAGCAGGUUGCGCCAGUGCAGUGUUAUGGUGCAGGCUGAGCCAACUGGAAAGACUCGUUAUAGAUUUUUCUGCAUAUCCGAUUCAACGAACUCAUAGGGCACCCGCUUGCGAAGAUGCAUUUUUAUACGUUCCUUUAGGUUUUCUUGGUUUACUUUAUCUGGUUUAUUUAGUGGAAUGUUAUCAUUGCUCUACGAGAUUAAGAUUAGCAAGAGCCAUAGAUGCCGAAGCAGUACGCAGACGAAUUAGUUUAAUGAGAACAGCUGAACCAGUAGUAUGGUGGAAAGCUAUUUGUUACCAUUACGUCCGUCGCAAACGACACAUAACGCGCUACAGGAACGGCGACGCUUACACCUCAACCCAAAUUUACUACGAGAGAGUGGACUCUCACAGCGCGAGCGCCACUUUUAGCCACGCUUAUUGCGGAUACCAGGAUGUUUCCAAAAAUUUGAUUUUGGAUGCGUCAAGUGAUCCAAUAAUAAAAUUUAGAUUCAGCAAAGGAUUUGCAUUUUCAAACAUUGAAGCAGCUUCAGAAUUUGAAGAACAAAGAUCUCGAUUUUUCUCAGAGCAUUCGCAUUUUGAUGACUACAUGGAAAUGCGCGAGGGUUUAGACUUGGCUGGCGCCGGAUUGGCAUUCAGGGAACAUUUGGUCGCAAGAAGAGAUUCGAAAAAAUCGCCAUGGUAUUGCACGACACCAGCUUAUUGGAUUUUAUCAUUUCUGCUCCUCUCUUGGCCUUUGAGAAUUCUAGUCGAAUGCCGGACCUCCAGAGUUCGAUACGAUGUGACCAAAGUUUUCGGAACCAAUUAUGUCAUAGGCACUAAUAAUUCUGAAGAAGCAGCAGAACCAACGCACAGAGCAAGUAACGACAGCCUUAUUAGUGGAUCAACAUUGCAAAUUGUUAACGAAGAACCAUAUUACGAGGCUACACCCUCCCAAACAAGUCCGAACGAUGCGAUUUUGUUGGCCAGCGGCCUCCAUGCUAUUGUUCCACCUAUUGAAAGGAUUCAGCAAAAUAAUACUUCCUUUCCCCCACAAGAUGAGUACCAAGUAAGAAGACCACCGCCUAAUCUGAAUCCAAUAACUUAUAGUAAUACUACUGAUAGUUUACAAAUUUACGAAAAUUGUGCUCUGGUGCCUUCUUAUUCCGAAGCAUUACUGAUGACACCGAAUGGUGAUGUCGUAAAUCGUUUAGAAUCUUCUAGAAGAAAUAGUUCAGAGAGUAGAAGAGGGAUAGCAAUUAUGAGUUCUAUUAUCAAUACUAGAAGAAAAACGAAUGAGGCUCCUGACGAAUCAGUUCAGAGCAGUUGGUCAAACUAUAGUCUUCGCACUAGAAACAAUAAUAGUAUAUCUAGGGUGAAAAAUCAAAAUAGAAGAUCUUGGAAUGGAAUCGCACACGUUAGACCAGUACAUCACGGUGGCUCGGUACUGUAUUAUGCCAGUCCUCUGCUUCAACACUGUCCUGAUGAUCCUUUCGGAGGGGCAGAAUCGGUAAUGGUGCCAGAAGUACCGCCACCAAGUUACGAAGAAGCGCUUUUAUUUCCACGACUAAGAGCGUUGGCGCGCUCCGCCACAACACGUGAGGGUCUCUUUCUUAAUUCUGGCCCUUCUGCUCCACGAAGAGCAUCGUUAGGGGUCCCCAGGAGAAUUAUUAAUAUGGAAACCAGCCUUUGA